AUGAACAUGUGGGAUUGUGCCCUGGCAGGAAUUAAGCCCCAAUCACUCAUAUGCCUUGUUGAGCUCAUUAGCAUGGAAUGCGCCAUACGCCUGUGGCAUGCGCUCCCCGAUGAGCUCGGCGUCUACGCACGUGCCGUACUGGAAUGGGGCGACCACCGCUACGAUGCCAGCCUCAUCCAGGCCAUGUGGCCCUGGCUUGAGGAAUUUCUGCGGGUCAAGAGCGACACUGACGCUGGAUGUUGUGAACUGCUUGACAUGCAGAUACACGACGCCUUCCUUGAUGCUGUGUGGCCGCACCUCAAGCGCGCCAUGCUCCGACUGGGCGAGCUCACCCCACGCAACAAGCGCCUGCUGGCCCACUACUGGGCUGAUCGCAGUGAAUUUGCGACGCUGGUCAUCACCAGCAUCACGCUCAAUCACGCCAACCACUUUGCGCACGCUGGACUGAAGCGCCUGCGGCUGCCGCACAGCUUUGGCGAGAUGCUCUGGAUCUCGCGAUGGUGGAUGGAGACGCGCAACAUCGGCGUCGUCGUGCGGGCGCGAGGGGGCGAGCGAUGGGUGCCGCGAUCGCGACACUUUGCCGUCUACGACACCGAGACCAACGAACCCGCGCGGUUGCUCCCGUGCGAUCCGCCGCUGCGGGGACGCACCGAAUUCACUCACGAAGACGCCGCCUGGAUCCUGGCCGAAUCCGAGAGACGAAAGAACAAAAGGCGCCAACAGGUCAACUGCCCCGAGUGCGGGGCGUACGAUCCGACGGCGCAGCACAUGCGCACCGGCGACGGCUACAUGUGCGCCAACCGUAUCACGAAAAAGCGAGCCCCCAGAGCGGUGCCCUAUGCCAUCAAGAAGCAGCGACCGCAGAAGAUCGGGGAGCUAUCGAAGGCGAUCGCAAAACCCAAGCGAACACCGACCGCCAACCCACGCAAACGUGUUGCAGCGACAAAAAAGUUGUGUUGA